CAGGCCCCCAAAAACUUGUGCAAGGCGUUAGAUCUUAAGACCAUGUUACUUUGACAGUGUCUGUCUGUCUGUCAAUGGCGUCUGAGUCCUGCUCGCUUCUUUGUCAAAGUCCGCAACAGGGUAAAUAGUUGACUCAGGUUCCCUCAACAUUAAAGAAAAUAAAAUCAUCACAUUCUCUCUGUUCAUCAUAUUUUUCUGGGAGCCAACAAACAAAAAAAAUACAAAACAAAAAGAGCCAACAAACAAAGUUAAGUGGUAAAAGGAGAGAUACAGGGGUCCGUGGCACCCUCGGCCGAGCCCAGGCCCCACCGUCCACCACCACCAACCCCACCCCCACCCGGGGGCUCGGAUCCACAUCACCUGCCCUCUAGGGUUCUUCCAUUUUCGUCAUCUUCUUCUUCUUGUACACUGACAGCAGCAGAGGUUGUUGUUCUGUUCUGUACUGGUUCGAUCUCAAUUGUGGGUGUUGAUGGGUUCGAAGCCGUGGUUGCAUCCGGCUCCGAACUAUACCUCCUUGGAGACCUACUGGGACACCGAUGAAGACGCUCCUGGUCCCCGUUGCGCCCACACUCUCACCGCCGUCGCCGCCACUAAAAAUCACGGCCCCCGCCUCAUCCUCUUCGGCGGCGCCACCGCCAUCGAGGGAGGCGCGUCCGGAAUCAGGUUAGCGGGAGUGACGAAUUCUGUUCAUUCUUAUGAUAUUCUCACAAGGAAAUGGACCAGAAUCCGACCAGCCGGCGAGCCACCUUCUCCUAGGGCUGCCCAUGCGGCAGCUGCAGUUGGCACAAUGGUUGUCUUUCAGGGUGGCAUAGGUCCUGCUGGGCAUUCAACUGAUGAUCUUUACGUUCUUGACAUGGCAAAUGACAAAUUCAAGUGGCACAGAGUUGUUGUCCAGGGACAAGGUCUAGGACCUCGAUAUGGCCAUGUAAUGGAUUUGGUUGCCCAAAGAUACCUUGUUACUGUCAGUGGCUAUGACGGGAAAAGGGUGCUGUCAGAUGCUUGGGUUUUGGAUACUGCUCAAAAACCAUAUGUAUGGCAGAGGCUUAAUCCAGAAGGUGAUAGACCUUCUGCUAGAAUGUAUGCAACAGCUAGCUCCCGUUCGGAUGGCAUGUUUUUGCUUUGCGGUGGAAGAGACUCCUCAGGCACGCCAUUGGCAGAUGCUUAUGGGCUGCUCAUGCAUAGAAAUGGUCAGUGGGAGUGGACUCUUGCACCCGGCGUGUCUCCUUCUUCAAGGUAUCAACAUGCUGCGGUAUUUGUUGGUGCUCGAUUGCAUGUAACUGGAGGUGCUCUUAGAGGUGGUCGGGCAGUAGAAGGAGAAGCAGCUAUCGCAGUAUUGGACACUGCUGCUGGAGUUUGGUUAGAUAGAAAUGGGCUGGUGACUUCCUCACGCACGAGUAAGGGACAAACCGAGCAUGAUCCUUCUUUGGAGCUUAUGCGUCGUUGUCGCCAUGCGGCUGCAUCUGUUGGUGUUCGGAUAUAUAUUCAUGGUGGUCUUAAAGGAGAUAUUUUGUUAGAUGAUUUUUUGAUUGCGGAAAAUUCUCCGCUUCAAUCUGAUCUUAAUUCUCCUUUAUUAACAUCCGAAAGGGCCUCAAAUGUGACAAGCCCCAGAGCAAACCAUUCCAAUUUGAAUUCCUUUAAUUUAACACCAACUUUGGAUGGGAAACCUGAAAUCCCCUCUUCCGCUGGCAUGAGCAUGGAUAAAAAUUCAAUGGAGAAAUUGGCUGAGGCUUCUGCUGCUGAAGCUGAGGCCGCUAGUGCCGUGUGGCAAGCUGUACAGGCUGCAUCGGCCAAUCCUGCAGAAGAAACAUCUGUAUCAGAUGACAACUCACAAGCUGCAGAAACUACUUCAGAGGGUAGUGACACUGAGGCGGAUGUUCGCCUUCACCCUAGAGCUGUUGUAAUUGCUAAAGAGACCAUAGGGAAUCUUGGUGGGAUGGUUAGGCAGCUAUCCUUGGAUCAUUUUGAAAAUGAGAGUAGACGGAUGGUUCCCUUGCAUAAUGACCUGUCAAAUCCUACCAAAAGGUUCACCAGGCAAAAAUCUCCUCAAGGCUUGCAUAAGAAGAUUAUUUCUACUUUGCUUAGGCCUCGAAACUGGAAAGCUCCUGUUAAUAGGAGGUUUUUUCUGGAUUCUUAUGAAGUGGGCGAGCUUUGCUAUGCUGCUGAACAAAUCUUUAUGCAUGAGCCCACAGUUCUUCAAUUGAAAGCUCCUGUCAAAAUAUUUGGUGAUCUUCAUGGACAAUUUGGUGAUUUAAUGCGGCUAUUUGAUGAAUAUGGAUUUCCUUCCACAGCUGGAGACAUAACGUAUAUUGACUACUUGUUUCUGGGUGAUUAUGUGGAUCGAGGACAGCACAGCUUGGAGACCAUUACCUUGCUUCUUGCUCUGAAGAUUGAGUAUCCUGAUAAUGUUCACUUGAUACGUGGAAAUCAUGAGGCUGCAGACAUAAAUGCACUCUUUGGUUUUCGCAUUGAAUGCAUUGAGAGAAUGGGAGAGAAUGAUGGUAUUUGGGCAUGGACACGGUUCAAUCAACUUUUCAACUGUCUUCCACUUGCUGCUCUUAUUGAGAAAAAAAUUAUCUGUAUGCAUGGUGGCAUAGGGAGAUCAAUAAACUCAGUAGAACAGAUAGAGAAACUACAAAGGCCCAUAACGAUGGAUGCUGGAUCUAUAAUUUUGAUGGAUCUUCUAUGGUCUGAUCCCACAGAAAAUGAUAGCGUAGAGGGCUUGAGACCAAAUGCUAGAGGACCUGGUCUUGUCACUUUCGGGCCUGAUCGAGUCACGGAUUUCUGUAAGAGAAACAAAUUACAACUCAUAAUAAGAGCCCAUGAAUGUGUUAUGGAUGGGUUUGAACGGUUUGCUCAGGGGCAAUUGAUCACACUUUUUUCUGCAACCAACUAUUGUGGGACUGCCAACAAUGCUGGAGCAAUACUGGUAGUUGGCAGGGGGUUAGUUGUGGUUCCUAAAUUGAUUCAUCCUUUGCCACCACCUCUUCAGUCACCAGAGACAUCUCCUGAACGUGUUUUAGAAGACACUUGGAUGCAGGAGCUUAACAUUCAAAGGCCACCAACUCCUACUAGAGGUCGCCCGCAGCCGGACCUCGACCGGAGCUCACUUGCAUAUAUUUGAGGUCGUCUGAUUGAUUUAUUUCUAUAUUUAUCAUUUUCCAAUUUGGAAAUCCCAAGUUCCUAUGGCAAGAUGAUCGUAGUCCCGUUCAGUAGCAAGCAGAAAAUCUGCAACCUGUCACUGCAUACAGCACAUUGUUGUAUUCUAAGAGAGGAUUUCAUGAUAGGCGGCAUGUCGGUGUACACAUAACUUGAGAAUGAUAGAGGACUGGUGUUGUGAUCAUCAUCCUUUUCCAAUGCUCCAUUUAUCUGUACUAUUAAGAGAGAGCUGUCAUGUAAGGUUUUGUAUUGUAAUGUAAAUUAUAGAUAAAUUACCUUUUUAUUUUUUAUUUUUUAUUUAACUGUUUUUGUGCUCUGUUUCUUCUAUUCUUUUUAUUUUUUAUUAUUCUUUUAAAAAGAUGAUAUUUAUAUAUAGUUUCAAUUUAUGUCCA